GAGACUUCUGUUAUUCAACAAAAUUUAACUUCCAAUGACCGAUGUCGGUUCAAGUUUAAUUUAUUGGAAUGAGAAAGAAAUCCUGCCAAGAGGGAUUUUUCUUUCUUCCUCUGGGUCUGGUGGGGAUCGUCUUCUGUUUUGGCAAUCGUUCCAUGCUAACGAUAACAAUAAAUACAAUCCUAAAAAAGGAUAUUGUACACGCAAUGAUGACUGCUCAUCGGCGGUUGACACUGUUAACAACCAGGAGUCUACGUUAUCAAAGGGUCCUACAUCUAUUGGUAGUUCAACCAUAGAGGCAAUCACUCCUAGUCCCAGACUAAAAAAUACGGGCCAUAUUCGAGGUCAUAAAAAUAGUGAAAACCCAUUCGCACUCAGUUUAAUCUCUGAACGCACGAUGUUUUUCAAUGAAAGUAGUUUCGGGAAUGGUCCUAUCACUGCUGGGCUGAAUCAGAAUUUUAUGGGCUCAGCAGAUCGUACGUUAAAUAAUUGUCCAACGAUUUGUUCAAAUAUCAACUCUAGUUUGUGUACUACGAGUUCAUUAUCUCCGAGUAAUCCAGUUGGGGGUGUAACUACAAAUUUGUCCAAUCCUAAUAUAGUUCUUGGAAGUCUGUAUUCUACUGAUCCAUCAUUGCAGGUUCCUUCUACUGAAUCCCCUUUAAUUGGAAAUUUAGGGAUUUCAAAUAUAGAAGGUAUUCCAGCCAAUGUAUUACUUAGUCUUUUACAUCAACAAACUCAAGCUCUUCAACGUAAAAUCUACAUCAAGUUAGACCACAAUAUAUUUAUUGGAGCUGCAUUUAAUUUAUCCCCGUCUGAUAUUGAAACCAUCGGACUUAUUGAAGAUACUGAAGAUUGUAAUACCAAAAUUUGUGAUAACGAGUUAUCACGGACAACUAUGAUUAGUUUCACUGUUGGUUUUUUGAUGGAUUCGUCUGCACCUCCAUCUGUAUUGUCUUAUCUUACUGAAUUAUCCAGAUUGAUCGGUUCUCAAGUAAGACGUGCAGAAUUAGUGUUUAAUUACCUUAGAGAUCAAAGAGAUAUUAUUGUUUCUACUCUAGAGAAAUAUUCUUAUGCUGAUACUAAUUCAUGGUCCGGUAACUUAACAACAGACUACAACACAAAUAAAUAUGGACCAGAUAACUUAAACUUUUCCAAGUCAUCUCAAUUCUUUUCAAAUAAACGUUAUAUCAAAAUCGCAGAAAGUUCUAAUUCUGAUAGAGAUACUAAUUUUGUUAAUUCUGUCAUGGAUCAAGAAUGCAAUGAAUCUAAGCUACCAAAUGCGUUAAAUGCAAAUCAAUCAAUCAAUGAAAAUAUAUCUGCAAAUAACUCUUAUAAUAAUUCUGAUGAUUUUCAUGAUAAGAUAAAUGACGUAACUACAAUGAAUCCACUUGAGAAAUUAGUUCAAAUAUCAUCUUUAUGCGCUGAACUAAAAAGCAUACUUGAUUCAGUUUGUAAAACAGGCCAUGUGAACGUUAAAAUUAACAAGAUUUAUCCAGUCUGUUUUUGUUUACCACACAAAGCUUAUUGUUUAAACAAUAAUGAUGGAAUUUCUAACUGUAUAGUCGCUGUUCGACCAAUGGCUAUUUGGAAUGCAAUGGAUAAAAUACGCCCAUAUCAUGCUUUAAUAUUACUACUGCGUAAAAGUGAUUUACUCAGAGAUUAUCUUCCAACUGACAUUAAUCCAACACUGAAAGACUUCAUAAAUGCUUUAUCGCCAACAAUUAGCUUGUAUAAUUUGGCACAACGGUUUCAUUCUCAGUCACAUUGUUUGAAUUUAGCCUUGUGGUUAAUUUAUCGUGGUCAUGCAUUGAUUGUUUAUCCAAUUGUCGCUAAUAAUAUGUAUAUUCUUGCACCUCAUUCUAAAGCAUGGUUCACACCUCAAUUAAUUGGUCAAUUUGCAACAUCGUUUCCUGAUGUCAACUUUGCUGAGCUUUUAACAUCGUUUUCAACAAGUUUUAUACUAAAAGAUCAUUUCGAUUCAUCCAAUUCUAUCGUUGACAACCUUCAUUAUGAUGGGGAUUCGGAUGUUGUUCGUAAUCGAUCUUCGAAGACAUCAUGGACAAACUUACCCUUAACGGAAAAAAUAAAUCUGAUUGCUUGGCUACUUCGACGUCGGCUCAUAAUACAAAUUCAUCUCUACAUAUUCCCGACAUUUUUAUCCAAUAAAAAUGUAAGUGAAACGAAUAUGUUCAAUGAUAUCAAGAAUAUUUCAAAACAUUUUGAGAGUGUACAUAUGUCCAAUAAUAGUGUUAACAGUACAAUACACAGUAGCAGUAAUAGUAGCAGUGAAUACGACAGUGAUGAAACCACAUCAGAAGUAAAAGGUAGUGAUAAUUUAGAGGUCAAUUCCACUAUUUUUAAUCUUGAUGAAUUGUGUAAAAAAAUACCAAAAGAUGUCUUAUGUGAAUUAACCAAUAAUUUACCUGUUGAAUCUCAACAAACAUUACUUCUAUCUAUUUUGAGCCAUCCUGGAGCAAUACAAAAUAUCUCACUUCUUCGAUUAUUUGGACGAAUUUUACCUCAUCUUCCAGCUCACUUAGAAGAAAUUAUGUUUAAAGAACAAAUAAAACGAUCCACUCUAGUUGAAUGCAUUGAAAGAUUUGCCCCAUUCUUGGCCACAGCCAGACUUCCAGAUCCUGUCACGUCUUGUUUUGCUGGAAUACCAUGGCCGAACUAGUAUUACUCGUUUAUUUAUAUUCAGUCUGUGUAAAAACAAAAUUUGAAACGCAUCACAUUAAAAUCUGAACUCAAAGUUUUCUUAUUCGCCUUAAUUCCAUCGUUUGUUGUCAAAAAUUUACAGCUAAGUUCUAUGCAACAAUUUUAUUUGACCUCAUCGUACAAUUUUGUAUCGAGUGUUUUCCUACGUUAUAAUCCACACUUGACGCAACAAUAAAGACAAAUCUCACAACCAAACUAUCUUAUCUGAAAUUCAUUAAUUUCGGUUUACUAAAGUAUGCUCGAAGAACAUUAUUGUUCUUGCAAAAGUUAUAUCCUUACACAUCUUGUUCCAUAUGACCUGGUAACAUAAUUGUAAUGAAUAUUAGUCUAUUGUUUACUUGUGAUAUCUACUUUAUAAACAUAUACAUACAGUUUUAAAGUGUUUAGAUGUACAUCCACCUUUUUUAUAUUAUCAAAGAAUACUUUUAAUAUUUGUUUUGUUAAAUCGUUUUCUAUGUUUAUACUUCGUAUUCAUAAAUUUAUUUAAUUAGAAAACAUUUAUUCAUUGGAAUUUAUGAAAACAGAAUCAUUUUAUGGAUGAAAGAAAUUGCUUUGUAAAGAAAAUACCUGGUCUGAAUGAUUUUCUUCAUAGUCCAUUAAUAUUGGUUUAAAUCUUUAAAAUGAAAGAUUAUACUUUGUUUUUGAUGCUCUCAUUGGAUUCGAUACAAGUAGUUGUCAAGUAAUAAGUCUUAAUGGUGAUGGUUUUUUCCGGAGCUUUACUUUCUUCCUAAUUACUCCAGUGUGUGAAAAAGUCCAUGCUACUAAUUUGUUUGCUAAUUUAAAAAAUUCUGUAUUCGUAAAUGUCAUUUUACGAAGAGAAUAAUUACAAUGGAAGAAUUAUUAAGUAUACCUGGGCGUAUUUAAUGUAUUCCAUCUUUGGCUACGAUAUUUGCACUUAAUGUAACUGACUUCAUGCCACAGUUCGUGCAUCGACGUUGCUACUAACACUUGAUUGUCAAGGAAAACAUAGUAACAGGCAAAUCUUAUGAAAAGCUCUUUUCUUAAAGUAUUUGCUACUUGUUACUUGCUACUUGUUCUUAUUUUUGGACAGUCUAGAUGACCGAAUUAUCUCAAGGUAAGGAGCAUAACUUCUGUGCAUCAUUCAAUCCGUUUGUCUUAUAUACCUUUAGUUAUUGGCUUCCAUUGUUUUACGCUAAGUUAUCUGUUUACUGUUCAAAUCCAGAACUAUUCCACUCAAAGCUCUUUAGUCGAUUGUAUUGAAAGUAUUGAAUAUCAAUUAUUCUGCUCCUAAUAUUACACUAUUG